AUUGCUUAGAAGAUUACUUUAUUUCUUGGGAACAAAAUGCUGAUGCAAUUAUUUCAAAGGCCGAAUUGCUUGCUUAAUCGCAGGAAUCGAUAUCAACUGCUGACCACGCUGUUGAUUAAUAUUAUAUCCGUAUCACAUGGCAUUGGCAUUGGCUGGCUAUCUCCCACUCUGAGGAAACUGCAAUCGGACUCCCCUGUGGGCUUUGAGGUGAAGUCCGAGUUCGAGAUCUCAUGGGUGGGCUCCAUGUUGGGAAUGGGUUCGGUGACUGGCAAUAUUCUGAUAGGAUGCCUCCUCGGGCGCCUAGGCAGCAAAAGGUGUCUGCUUUUCAUUGCCAUUCCGCAUUCGUGCCUGUGGAUCCUGGUCUACUUUGCCCAGAGUGUGGAGUUCCUGUACGUGGGAAGACUCCUGGCUGGCAUCUGUGGCGGCGGCAUGUACAUUGUUCAUCCCAUUUUCCUCAGUGAAAUAGCAGAUGCCAACAUCCGAGGUACCUUCUCUGCCAUGGUCAUGCUAUCGGUCAACGUGGGCGUACUUCUGGGCUACAUAAUGGGCACCCACUUGUCGUACUACUCCAUUCCCUGGAUUGUGCUUAUAUUGCCCCUGUGCUACCUACUUUUUGUAUUACUGUUCAUCAAGGAAUCACCAAUGCAUCUGAUAAGAAUUGGCAAGUACUCAGCCGCCGAAAGAUCAUUCCGGUACUACAAGAACAUCAAGGACAGUGAUAACAUUCACGAUCAGAAUAGAGCCAUGGAGGAAUUCGAGAUCAUGAAAAUUGCCCUAACCAAAGGGGAUCCGUUAGAGGAUGCCAUUACUUUCAAGGACUUUUGCUCACGACCUGCUCUCAGGGCCUAUGGUCCCGCUCUGGUCCUGCUGAUUGCCAAUCAGUUCAGUGCUUUUACCAUGGUCAACUACAUGUCCGAUAUAUUCGCUAACUCUGGUAGCACAAUGGAUCCCGACACCUGCACCAUCAUCAUUGGAGCCGUCCAAAUCCUGGGCACUUAUGUGACCACUUUGCUGUGCGACAUCUGCGGACGCAAACUCCUCAUGUUGGUUUCCACUAGCGGCGUGGCCAUUAGCCUGACAGCCUUUGGAGUCUUCACAAAGUAUGCUGAAAGUCAUGAUGUCAGUGAAUACAGCUGGAUACCCCUCUUUCUCAUGUCGAUGGACAUUUUCCUGGGAAACAUUGGCCUGGUUGGGUGCUUCUUUGUCAGCCUCGUGGAAAUAUUUCCUGCCAAGAUACGUGCCAAAGCGGCUUCAAUGGCAAUUGUGGUCUGCAGCAGCUUCGUCUUCGUCAUGCUGAACAUUUUCCCAAUUUGCAUGAAACAGUGGGGCAUAUCCGCAACCAUGUGGUCGUGUGCAGGCGUAACCGCAUUUAGCUUCGUGUACUUCACGUACUUCAUGAAGGAGACCAAGGGCAAGUCCAUGCUGGAUGACUGAAGAGGAAUGUGUUAAUAAAUUUCCAAUAAAGUUUCUAGCUCAAA